AUGGUCCUAGCCCUGGGACUUUUGCUGCUGCUCUCAGGGACUGGAGGGAACUUGGGGGUUCUUUUAGAGGGACGCCCAGGAGAUCGAGUGAAUAUCUCUUGCACGGGGGUCUCCCACGCGACCCGCUGGGCUUGGGCUCCUAGCUUCCCUGCCUGUGUGGGCUUGCUUCGGGGCCGCCGCCCUGUCUUCUGGGCCUCCGCCCCAGGAAAUCCCACUCCAGCCUCCGCCUCUCCCUUUGCUGGCCGCCUGCGUGCCGUGGACCCCAAUGGCAUCCAGCAGCUGGAGCUGCUUCUGGCUCGAGGAGACUCCGGGACCUUCUUCUGUACCGGAAUUGGAGGCCGCCAGGGGUAUGAGAGCCGUACCUUGCUCAAAGUGCUAGGGGAUUCGGCUGCUUGCCGAACCCCCAGCCCCAUCUCGGGAUCCUCCUAUCCUGUGUUCCUGUACUCUUUGCUGGGCAUCGGCUUGGCUUUAGGGCUGGCGGGGCUGGGCAUGGCUUGGAGACUUCGUCAAGUCCCUAAUUUCCCUUCCCUAUCCCUUUCUAGGUUUCCCCUUUCCAGGCCUGUCAGAACCGUCCCAGGAUUCGGUGAGAAUAGCUCCUCUCCCCACCUCCAUUCUAUGACUGGGCAUAUCCCCUCUCCCCAUCCCUCAGCUCUGCCCCCAUCCCCUCCCGCAAAAGCUCCACCCGUGAAGACCGAGAUUCAGAAUCGAUCGAAAGAGGAGUCCCGGGAAAGAGGGGACUCCGAUGUAGAAAGGAGCCUUCUCUACGCUGAUCUGGACCACAUUCCCCUCAGAAACCCUAGAUGGUUGCGCACCACCGUCCCCACGGAUGCUGCCACCAUCUAUGCGGUAGUAGUUUGA